ACGCUGAAUUGUGGGAUUAUGGCAUUGCAUCUGCUCUUUAGUUAAUGUUCGUCGCUAAACCUGUCUGGUAGUGAGUGCACGGUUGUGUUUAUUAUAAAAUUGAAUGAAAAAUAUUAUUGUUUGUGCGUUAUCGAGGGUGACUUUUUGUAAUUUUUAUAUUUUGUGGUACACUUUCGCUUUGUACAUUAAUUCCCCUGAAAAUUUCUUUUCUUGAACUCUCUUUUGGCACACAAGUGUGUUUCUUAAAAGUGAAAUACUUACUCUGAGUUGCCGCAUUACCAAAUUAGUUAGUUCGUGGUUGGACAUAAAUCAUUUUGUAAGCUAAAUGGAUGAUGUCAAUAUAAAAUCGGAGUUUACUGCUGAAAUGGAAGACGAAAGAUACUUGAACUAUGAUGAAUUGAAUACUGCUACUAACAAUGAGAGAAAUAAUGCAGAAGUAAUGGAAAAUAUGAAAUAUGAUUUGACAAUUGAAAAUGAAUUAAUGGAAAAUGAAAAUUAUCAUGAAAUGGAAGGCGAUAAUAAUGACGAUAGAGCUAAUAUGCAUGAUUUUCAGCAAAGUGCUGACAAUCAAAUGCAAGAUACAAACAUGAGUUUUGACAGUGCUAAUGGUAGUUUAGCAUCUUCUUCGAAUGUAAUGGAUGGCGGGAAUGUAAGAUUUGAAUUUACAGCCGGAUAUAGAAGAAAUAGUGUUUUAAUAUAUUUAAUUGAUGAAAAACAAUUAUUUACUAAAAAAUACGCUCAUAAUCAUAUGGAUCGAUAUACAUGUUAUACUAAAUCGUGUAAAGCUAGUUUACUAUUCGAUACGUAUUUGAAUAAAAUUGUCAAAUUAUAUCAUACAUUUCAUUUGCAUCCAGAUCAAUCGGAUGUUUAUAAGAAAAUGAAAGUUCUUAAUGAAAUGAAAGAUUAUUGUUUGACAAAUGAUGGAGUUAAUUUGACAACGAAACAGAUUUUCGAUCAAAAGUGUAAUGUUAUGAAGGAAGCUGCUCAUUUGGUUGAGUAUAAUAAGAUUAAGAGAAAUUUGAAUAGGUUGAAGAAAACUGCUAUGCAAAAGCCUACAACUACAACUGCAGCAAGUAAUUAUGAUAACCAGAAUGUGAUGUAUGGAAUGUUUCCGAAUGAUGUUGUGAAUGCAACAAAUGAAUAUGCUUCGAAAUGGGAUACUUCUACACGAAAGCCUUCAUUAAGGGUUCCAUCACCAGUUUCCUCCGAAUCGGAAUCAAUAGUUGCUGCAUCAAACUCAUCUCAUGUCGAACCAGCUGCCAGUUCAACACCUGGCCCAAGCAACCAGUUUGUCGAAGUCGAGACACCUGCUUUCAAAAAGAUAAAAUUAACCCGAGAAGUCCCAUACACUGAAGGUUAUCUCGAAGAAUCUACUCCAUUUGUACCUAAAAGUUCACAACUUAGAAAAUCUUCACCACCACCGCCUGCACCUGCACCAAAGCAACGAGCAAAUCCACCUCAAAAACCACGUCCACCACCAAAUCCACGUGUACAUCAGGAAGAAGGACAACAACAACAACACAUUUGUUCGACAUGUCCAUGUAUUGCUGCACAAGAAAAUGAAUAUGAUAAAAUUGGCAAAGCUUGGGCAUCCGAAUUGAAGCUAAUGACUUUGGAUCAACAGAUAUUUGCUAAACGAGCAAUUGCUGAAAUUAUAUUCGAAGGUCAAUUAGGUGGAUUGAGUCGAAAUUCUGUGCUACAACGUCGAGGAGGAGAUGGUGAUCCGUUUGUUGAAGAAGCCGAAUAUAUAUUUGAAAAAACUGAACCAACGAGUGUAAUUUAAUUUCUUUAUAUUAUAUCAGUUGUGCAUUUUUAAUGUUAAGUUUGUUAAUUAUAAGGAUACUAAUUUAAGUAACUUAAUUUCUUAU